GUCUAACUAUAGAAUGUGUCUGGUCGAUGAUGUUAUCUGUGCUGUCUUUUAGGCUCAAUUAUUUUUCCUUUUCUGUUCAGACUCACAGUUUUGUUCUUUCACGGCUUCCAUUUUUGAUCAUCACUAGCAGAUGAGUACAGAGAGAAUGGCAUGGAUAUCUGACAACUCAUAGCUGUUUCGAGCCGCUGAAUGAGCGCCACGUGUAACUAGAGACAUGCAGAGAGGUAGGUUUUGGAUUCUCCUAUGGGGGCAAUUGACACUGUGACGUGAUGGUUCAGUGCAUGCAAAAAACAAUUCAAAAGAAAAUUGGUUUAAAAAUGAAGAGGAUUGGCGGUGCAGGGUAGAGAAGAUGAGACUAGUGGCCGUUAGCCCCAUCCCCAUCCAUACAGAAGCAGAGGAUUAAUGCACACAUUGCAUCAGAGAGAGGGAGAAAAAGCCAUUUGCAGUUUGCAGUUUGCAAUUUGCAAAUUAUUUUGCAUGCAGAAAAAGAUGGAAGAAAAAUAUAUACAUAUAUAUUGGGGCAACCAAAGCAGCAGAGAUCAGAGUGUGAGUUCCAGGCUAGGCCAAGUGGGGGACUGGCUUUACUCUUUACUCUUUAGCUUUUAAGUCACCCAAUCCUUCCAGAUUGGCCAUUGCACAGAUAUCACAUAUCUAAAGCUAAGCUCUACUCUGACACUCUGACUUCCAUUGAUUACCCUUCUCCUUAAUUUAGGUCAUUUUUUCUCAAACUGUCAAACUAGUGAAUUACCAAGAAACAGUUGUGGCAGACCUGGUUAGACCAAGAGUUAAAUGGGUAAUUAAUAAAGUCAUAGAUAUUAAAUAUGGGACCUAACUCUCCUGCAAAAGGAAGCCAAAGUGCUUAUGAAAACGCUUAAAUUUUUCUGAUAAAAGCAGAGAGAUAAUAACUAGUUGGGAAGUGAAUGCCAUCCAAUCCCAUGAAGCUUUUGCUUCAAGAGUGAUUGGUGGGAACGAAGGGAUGAUUAAUUGGAUUGGGAAGUGGAACCUCCCCCCUCUCUCUCCUCUCUCUCACUUAUCUCAUCUGUUCCCAAGCCCAUACACUCCCUCUGUGUCAAGCACUCUAUUUAAUAAUUAUACUGAUCAGAAGACUCUCCACAUUUUCCAACUAGUCCUUCAGAACUUGGCUUCCGAACUCUCUUUUCUGAUCACUUGAAAAGCCAAAGCUCCAAACCCAGUGCUACAUUUGCAUCAUUUUGUUUCUUCUUCCCUCUGUCAACCAGAACUGUUCAAACUCACACCACUUUUUCUCUCUUUUUGAAGAUAUGGAAGGUGAGGAGAAAGUAGUCACAACACAAAAUGGUAAUGAUCAAGCAAGCAAUAAAGAAGAAGAUGCAGCAUCAAGACUAUUUCCUUGUCUCUUCUGUUCAAGGAAGUUCUACAGCUCUCAAGCCUUGGGAGGCCACCAAAACGCUCACAAAAAGGAAAGAACAGCUGCAAGAAAAGCCAAACGUGCCUCUGAUCACUAUGCAUCAGUCACUUUUCCUUCUCAUAUUUCACCACCCCCAAUGGUUUUUGCUCCAAAUCAUCACUUGGGCCUCUUGCACCCUUCAAUGUUCAUGACUGCUCAUGCUUCCAACCUCAGAUACUACCCCAAUCACCAAUAUUCGGACCGUUUCGGGUCAAAUGGUGCGCCCAAGUUUGAGAAUUUAGUGUACUAUGGUGGGAAUACCUGUUCCAGCUAUGUUAACAAUGGUUACAAUAGUAACAGUGAGGAAGAUGAGAAGAGCUUCUUAAAUUGGCAGAGAAGCCCAAGAUGCUAUGGUUUCAGCGGAGAGUCUUCUCAACAACAUUCAUCAAUGAUAACUAACAAUCACAAUAGUCUUGGGAUUAAUAGUGAUCAUAAGGGUCAUGAAGAGCAAAAGCUUGACCUUUCUCUCCGUUUGUAGAGAAGUUUGAUGGGAUUAGUUGCAUUUUUUUGGUCUGAAUAAUAAUCAAGCAUCUCUAGCUUUAGUUGGUCACUUUUCAGUAUGUACUCGCCCAAGGGCCAUUUUCAUGGGUUUUGCCUUCGGCCAUUACUUAGGAGAUUUGUUCAGUAGUAAGUCCAGAUA